UCUGAGCCGUUCCAUCGAUAUAUCAAGCAGGUCUUCAAGAGGGGGAAGCUCGAUUGUUUCCCUUGCAAAAUAUGGGAUGACACGGAAAGCUGCAAUGGGUCGGUGAAAAACGGCGCCGUCUAGCUCACAGAGGAUGUAUCGUUUGCGCAUCUUGCGGCUGAGUGACUUCUCAAUAGCGGUGUUGCGCAUCAAAACCAGAUCCCCUUGCUGAAAGUUGUAGUCGCGGAUUGUAUAUGCGUGGUCCCGCUCAAACCGGAUCGCCGCCUGGACCCUGGCUUCGAAGACGUCGGAGUGGAGCCAGGCCAACUGCUCUCGGCGUUUCUGUAGUGCGAUAGCACGCUGCGAAAUGAGUUCGGUGGUCGAGAGGACGCUCUCGGGAGGGGGAAGCAGUGACCGCAAAGAACGGGGAACACCCCAUGCGCCGUCGGACGGUAACACGAUCGGCCCAAAAGACGGAGUGCGCCACGGUGUGCCAUUUCGACUGAUUUCCAUCUGCUGCCUUAUACAAGGCUUCUCG